CAGCAGCAGCAGCAGCAGUCUACACUAUAUCGGCAACCAUGUAGCGCUGAGAGCAAAAACAUCCUCUCCCGACAAACUACAGGAUCAUGUCCUCUUAUUCAUUCAUGUCGCCAUAAAGUAACGGUGUGUCAAAAUGUGUGUGUGAAGAAAACCGGACUCGCGGAUGGGAAUUACAAGGCGACGGAGUCGACAGUGAAACCGAAGCCUGUUAAUAUAGAGGCACUAUCUGCCCUCGCCUGGAGGUUUGGAAGGGGACGGUGGGCUACUCUUGAUUUAUUAUUCUACUUUGGCGUUUUAUCAGCUUUUUAAAUGACUCCACUUAUCCAUCUAAGCACAUUUUAGAACCGAGAGAAGGGCGUGUAACGCUAACGGAUAGCGGGCCAGUUUGUAGUUUGCACCAGGUCUGCCUAUCCGCGUUACCGCCCCGUUUUUUCUCUCUUGUAGUAGCGCUAAAAGCACAGCCAGAGGGCUGAAGACAGGCUACACUUUUGGGAGAGGACACUAGUCGCCAAAACCUGCUUACACCAUGGGGAAUACAACCUCCUGCUGUGUGUCGUCAAGCCCAAAACACCGGAGGAACAACCACUCUCGGCUGGAGACCUACCGGCCGGAGCCGGAGCUGAGUCGCGAGGACACGGGCUGCAAUCUCCAGCACAUCAGCGACAGAGAAAACAUAGAUGAUCUUCCCAUGGAGUAUAAUCCCUCAGAUCAUCCCCGGGCCAGCACCAUCUUCCUCAGCAAGUCACAAACUGAUGUUGCCGUGCCCAACAAGAGAGUUCGAGAAAAACGGAAGAGCCUCUACAUCAACCAUUUCACACACAUUUCGGAGAACAAGCAUCAUCCAGGUCCAGUGAGACGGAAGUACAGCUCAUGUUCCACCAUAUUCCUUGACGACAGCACCGUCAGUCAGCCCAACCUCAAAUACACCAUCAAAUGUGUAUCCCUCGCAAUAUACUACCACAUAAAGAACAGAGAUGUCGACGGAAGAAUGCUGUUAGACAUUUUCGACGAGAAGCUGCAUCCGCUGUCUAAGUCUGAGAUUCCUGCUGAUUAUGACAAACACGACCCUGAGCAGAAGCAGAUCUACCGCUUCGUCAGGACGCUGUUCAGCGCCGCGCAGCUCACCGCUGAGUGUGCAAUCGUCACACUGGUGUAUUUGGAGAGGCUCCUGACCUACGCCGAGAUCGACAUUUGUCCUGCCAACUGGAAGCGCAUCGUGUUAGGAGCCAUCCUCCUGGCAUCCAAGGUGUGGGACGACCAGGCGGUCUGGAAUGUGGACUACUGCCAAAUUCUCAAGGAUAUCACUGUGGAGGACAUGAAUGAGCUGGAGCGUCAGUUCCUGGAGCUGUUGCAGUUCAACAUCAACGUGCCGUCCAGCGUCUACGCCAAGUAUUACUUUGACUUGCGCUCCCUGGCUGAGGCCAACAACCUCAGUUUCCCCCUGGAACCUCUCAGCAGGGACAAGGCCCAGAAACUAGAGGCCAUCUCACGGUUGUGUGACGACAAAUACAAGGACUUGAGGAAACUGGCUAAGAAGCGGUCAGUGAGCGCAGACAACCUGAUGGUGGUGCGGUGGUGUCCUGCCAUCAUUUCCUAACACUGGCCGCCGGCAGCACGCAGCAGAGGAAUAGAUAGACCUGUCAGACAUAGUGUAUCUCUGCCUGGUAAGCAGACAGACCAAGUGGGCAGCAGUCCUGUGGAUCAGUGGGUCUGUCUGGAAUACACACACAUACACUCACACUCACACACUUACACAAUUGGGCACUUUUACAAGUGUGAUUGCACCCUCUCUGGGUUGUUGUACAUAAAAGAAGUCCCACCGGCUGCCUGCACUGAACCAAACGGAGCUGAGCUGAACCAAACUGAAGUGUGUGAGUGAAAGUUGUUGGAAUGACGACCUUGACUGAAGAAUAGAAGAAGAGGCCAAAUGGAAAUACAGCUGAGAAUAUAAGAGACUGUUUGACAUUGGGAAGAGAAAACAGGAACGAGUUCAAUGCGAAAUACAACUCAUGACAGCAGCAACGGUGUUCUAUAAUUCCCUUUGAGGCUCGACUGGCUAGUACGGUUGAUUGGCGGAGGCCUGUACAUUCCUUUAAUUUUAAUCCUCUGGCUCAGUCUGUUUUCUUAGCUGAAGCAUGCCAUCGGUUUCUGACAGCUUGCAGGCACAUCUAAAAUUUUAAAGCUCAAAAUUUUCCUCAAUUUGUUUUAGUGUUUUGUUGUUCUCUAUCUGUUUGUUUGCAUUCCCAUCCAGCAGAAACCUCAAGCACAAAGAUGAGACGUGUACAUUCCACCAUUAACUUCAGAGCACAGUUGAUAAAUUUGACUGGACUGCAUAUCAUCAACUCCUCCUUCGCUAAACAUCCCAUUUUCAUCGUAGCCAUUUAACUGACGUUCUCAAAGUUCUGUCAAAAGCAAUUCACUGUUUAGCUCAAGGGCGCUUUGAUGGGAUGCGGGAAUUCAACUUCCAGUCACAGAACGGUUUGUCUUUCAGCAAGGCCAUCCAGCCAUCAUCCAGAUACAGCUGUUCACUUAAAGCAAUAUUCAUGCAUCACUUUGUUGUUGGGUUUAAAUACAAUAAAGCAUGUGCACUUGGGAGAAGACUGACUGGAAGAUGGGGGAGGGGGGGGGGUCUACUACUCCGAGACAAAUGUGAGACAUACUGUAGAGCUUCUGUUGUACUUUAUUCACUGCCAUUGUCCUGACCUGUGGUGCCUGUAAUAAGCUAGUUUAACACUUCUCCCCUUUCUACUGGAGGAAAAGAACAAAUAACUGAAGUAUUUUUUCUUUAACAUUUUGUAUGGUUCUUCCAGCUUACAAACAAACAGCACAAUUGGAAUAUCGACAUUUAGAAGCCACUAAAAGCAUGAUUCUUCAGGGUUGUUUGUUUUUUUAUGUUGUUCUGGAAGGGACCUAAAUGAACGAAUAAACGCAUUAAGUGACAAUUCAGACACUGCUCACGAAAAGAUAGAUUGUGAAAAUUUUGCUAAAUUGUCUCUGUACAGUGUAAAUACAGUGCCAGUGUGCAAAUCUGUAGACUGAAGUCGUACUGUAAAAAAACCCACAAAAACCAGAAUGAUGUUAGAAUAUUUAUAUUGGAUCAGUUUUUACUGAAAAUGAGGGGGACAGUAAAUAAGAGAAGUAUUAAGAUUUAAAUGGGAGACACCACUGAAGAUUUUUUUUGUCUGUUUUCUUGUUUUGAUGUUUCUGCACAGCAGGAAAUGCCAAGUUUUUAUGUGUUACAUACUGUAUAUGAUAUAUAGAUAAUACAAGACAAUUCAGGCUCAUUGUAUUAUUUGUUGUCAAUUUUUUUUUAUCCCCACUCUGUGGAAACAUUGCCAGAUUCAUAUGUUUGUGAUUAAUAAUCCUAACUCCUUACGGAGCCCUGAAAUUGACAAAAUGGAGUAACGAGUUCUCAGAAUAAUCAAAAAAUGUAACUGAGAACAUCAAUAAAUAGUUUUGUUAGUUACAUAGUUAAAAUAGAAUAGAAUAUUUUUUUGAAAUUAAAACAAAAAAGCUUGUGGAAGAUAGAAGAGUAAAUGAAUAAUGUUUAAAAAUCUUUAGUUAGAGGAAAAGAACAAAACCUUACUCAACAUUUUAAUUGUUCAGCAAUAUUAUCAAACCUCUACAACAUUUUGUCAUUAUUGGGGCCCCCUAGUUUUUUUUUUUUUUGCAUUGACUAGAAAUAAGUGAAAAGGCCAUAAACAGUUUUUUAAACGAACAAAUCAUGUCCUGAUUUGCUCUUUUCUUGACAUUUCUUCAAUCAGAAAUAGGAAAACAUACAGGAAUGUAGUAAAGGAUAAACCUACAAAACAUCUGAAGGUAAUUGGUUUAAUUAAUUCUACUUUUAUACGAAUACUUCAUGCUUUAUAAUAGUGGUUAUUCGCCUUAUGAUCAGCUGGACUCACACUAUUCUCCACUACAUCACUCUAUGCUUAGAAAUGCCAUGACAUAACCUGGAAAUAUCUAAAAAGAAAUGAACAAAAACGCAAAAAUGCGUUUUUUCUUCAUUAAGCAAAAGGUCAGAAAAAGGUCUAAUUCAGAUGUGACAUCAGCGUACCCUCCUUCAAGCCUCUAGCUUAUUUUGUGCAUUUCAUCAGCAGCUUCCACAUCUGUGAUUUAAAGUUAUGUCUUGUCAAACUACUAGCGAAUCAGUCAAGUCAGUCAGUCAGGUCAGUGAGAUUUCCACCCCUGACCAGCAGGUGUGAGAAGGGACAGAACUGUACCAAAGUCGAGGAGAAAUGAAGGAUGAUCCUGUUGGACGUGUUGCUCUGAACCUGCUCUCUUGCACAUUAAGUAAAUGAAAAGGGGUCAGGACUUGGAAAGAGAGCUGUUGUUCUGCAUGGUGCUUUGAAUGAGUGGAAAAUAAAGUGCAAAAUGUGUCUUUAGGAAAAGUAAUGUUACUGGAGUUGCUGUUGUGAGUUCAAACUGUUAGAGGUAUUCAAAGAUUGUAUAUCCUAUUUAUUGUAUGUAUGUGUGCAUACAGCCCAGUCUGGUGUUCUCUAGACCCAGAAGUGAGCGUUGAUGCCGUACGGUCAACUAUGGUGAGUCCUGAGAUGGAGAAUUCACUCCCGACAGAAAAGACCUUGGGCCUGUGGCGUUCUGUCGGCUGGUUACUAGGUGUGUGUCAUAGCCUUGUGCACUGAACUCUACCUCUGCAUAGAGUUUUACUUUCCCUUGAUUUUUCUUCCUCUCUUCGAUGACAAUUUUUGGAUUUUACAAAUUCAGCUUUGAUCAUGACGAUUUCCUGUCCUAACGUCAGUCAACUGCUGUAGCUGUGACCUUUUUUUGUUUUGUUUUUUCAUUGAUAUUUUCAACAAGUUGUACUGUGUUCCGUUUUUAUUGUCCGUGUAUUAUUUCCAUUUUAGUGAGUCAGUCAUUUGUUCCUGUUCUCAGUUUGCCAAACUCGGAUUUCUCUCUCUCUGUUCUCUUUUUCUCUGUAUGUUUUCUAUUAUGAUUUAAACAAGUGCUCCCAAUCCUUCUCUUCUGAAGCAAUGUUUAGAAAAACCUGUGCAAGAAUUAAAAUUUAAA